CCAACUUCACGCUUUACUCACAGAAGUAAAUAUGGCAAAUUUGAUAAAGUUAGUAGGGUUGGAUAAAUUAGUGACAUUAUUUCGUACAGUACGCGACCAUGGUGGUAUUAUCGGUUCCUUCAAAACGUAUUUCAGAGUGGAUGAAUUGAAGAGUGGUACUUUGAUCGGAGAAGACAAGUAUGGCAAUCGAUACUAUGAGAAUAAUAUGCACUUUAUAGGUCGUAACAGAUGGGUGAUAUAUGCAGAUAGAGUUGGACUGAAUUAUGAUGGUUCACAAGUCCCACCUGAAUGGUUUGGUUGGUUGCAUUACAAGACAGAUUUGCCACCACACAAAGAUCCAUCUCGACCAAAGUAUAAAUGGAUGAUGGAUCAUCAACAAAAUAUGAGUGGCACAAAUCAAGCUUAUGUACCUUAUAGCACCACAAGACCAAAGAUUGAACCUUGGCAGCCACCACAGUGAUCUUUGUUGGAACAGCAGUGAGACAUAAAGAGUAAAGUAGCUAGUUCAUAAUUAUAGUUACAUAAAAUAUUCGAUGUAAAUAAAAUUACUAUCAAGAGAUAAAAAGAUUGUAGAUAUUUAA